UUCCUACGCUGGCUGCGGAAGCUCUUGUUGUUGCUGAUAUUUUAGAAGCCACGUUACAUUUUCACGCGGGGAGAGUAAACCUGUAACGGUUCCGUUUCUGUGCAAAAGAUGGAUAUAAAAAAAGAGAACAGCUCGAUCCGGCAGUAUCUCAGCGGGAUGGAGUUGCUAAAACAGGGAGCCGAAGCUCGGGUUUACCGGGGGAAGUUCCUGGGGAAAGCGGCGGUCAUGAAAGAAAGGUUCCCCAGACGAUACAGACACCCGACCCUGGAUGAAAAACUCACACACCGUAGGACGGCCCAGGAGGUCCGCUCCAUACUCCGGUGCAGGAAAGCAGGUAUCGCUGUUCCUGUAGUUUAUUUUGUUGACUAUACAUCACACUGCAUUUUUCUUGAAGAAAUUGCAGGAUCCAUUACAGUCCGUGACUACAUCCAGUCUACAUCCAAAACAGAUACGGAAAAACUUCACAGCUUAGCCGAGAGGAUAGGGCAGAUCCUGGCAAAGAUGCAUGAAGAAGAUGUCAUCCACGGGGAUCUCACAACAUCCAACAUGCUUUUGAGGAUUGCUGUGGAGGGAGGCAGUUUGGAUCUGGUGCUUAUUGACUUUGGACUAAGUUACAUCUCCGCUUUGCCUGAGGAUAAAGGAGUGGACCUUUACGUUCUGGAAAAGGCAUUCCUUAGCACCCACCCAAACACAGAAUCAGUGUUUGAAACCUUACUUAAAAGCUACACAGUCUCGUCAAAGAAGUCUGCAUCUGUGAUUAAAAAACUGGAGGAAGUGAGACUGAGAGGAAGGAAAAGAUCAAUGGUGGGCUGAGGAAGAUUCAAAGACUGCUGUUACUAAUGGUUUGAAAAAAGUGUGACCUGAUCAGAAAUGGAGACAGCAGGGAUGUGAUUUAGGAGCACUGUUUAUAUUCUGAACCUUGUCUUUGACAAUAAAAAAUAAAAUAAAAAUAUUAUUUUUU